UGCCGGCGCCCCCCUCGCCUCGGCCCCCCGCGGCCUGGCCGGGCUGGUCCGCUGCGCCCGGGACAGCGGCGGGGGCCGCACGCAGGAAUCGCCCACCCUCGGGGGCCUGGUGAGCAUCAGCAACGUCCGGCUGGGCUCCAUGAAGACUCGGUUUGAGGGCCUGUGUCUCCUCUCUCUGCUGGUGACGGAGAGCCCCACCGAAGCGUUCAGCCAAAACUGCGUGAGCUGGCUGCACAGCCUGCAGCACCUCAUCCAGUCUCAGGAUCCGCCCCCCACCAUGGAACUGGCCGUGCUCAUCUUACGGGACCUGCUGGAGUAUUCCUGCCAACUCCCUGACCUGGCGCGAGACAUCAGCACCAACCACAUCCCCGGACUCCUCACCUCUCUGCUGGCCCUCAAGCCCGAGUGCCAGCUGUCUGCCCUGGAAGGAAGCAAAGCUUGUAUGACCUUUUAUCCCCGGGCCUGUGGCUCCUUGCGAGGCAAACUGGCAGCCUACUUCCUCUCCCGAGUGGAUGCAGAAAUGCCUCACCUGCAGCAGCUGGCCUGCGAGUGCUACGCCCUCUUGCCCUCCCUGGGCGCCGGCUUCACGCAGGGACUCAAGUACACGGAGUGCUGGGAGCAGCAAGCCCACUGCCUCCUGGCCACGCUCCACAGCCUGCUGGGGACUCUCUACGAGGGCGCGGAGACAGACCCCCCGCUGCAUUACGACGGGCCGGGCGUGGAGAUCCCCCUGCCGGCACCGGAGGAAGGCGAGGCCAACUUCGUCCUGCACCUGAGGCAGCGCUUCUCCGGGCUGGCCAAGUGCCUCUGCUGGAUGCUCAGUAACGAGUUUGUGGCUCCUGUGACGGUCCCGGUUCAAGACAUCCUGGACUUCAUCUGCCGAGCCCUUGACAUCUCCGUGAAAAACAUUAGCUGGUUUGGCGACGGACCCCUCCGGAUGCUGUUCCUGCACUCGGUCCACCUGGAGAUCUUGGACCUGCUUUCGGCUCUCAUCUUAGCCUGUGGCCCUCGGCUGGUGCGGUUUGGGGGGACCCUGUGCCGCCUGUUCCCGCAGGUCCUGACCGUGUGGAGCACCGGACGGGAUCUCUUCCCCGCGGGGCAGGAGCGCCCUUACAGUGCAGUCCGGACGCGGCUUUACCAGGUCCUGGAUCUAUGGCUGCAGGUGGCCGGGCCGGCGUCUGGCGUCCUGCAAGGGCACGGGACCCCAAGCGAGACCCUCCUGGGUCACCUGAUCAGUGACAUCAGCCCGCCAACGGACACGCUCAAGAUGCGGGAGAGCCGGCCCGGCUCCGACGGGAAGCCCAGCGCCCCCAAGAAGGCCAAGCUGUCCGACCUGGGCAGCUCUGGAUCCCUGCACCACAAGCACGACCCCCGGGCCAACAGCAGCGUGUGCCUGGCGGCCCUGCAAGGUCUGAGCCGUGCUGUCCUCCUCACCGGCAGCCUCAUCAAGGAGCAAGCCCACAAGCGGCUGCAAGAGCUGGCCAUCCCGCUGCUGAUCCGGCUGGGCCAAGCCGAGCCCCUGCCAGGCUCCCCCUACGCCAGUGCCGCCUGCCGCCGGGAGCUCUACCGCCUGCUGAUGGCCCUGGUGCUGGCCCCCGCCCCCGCCCGGCCCCCUCCUCUGCACUGCGCCCUGCGGCUGCUGAGCCACGGCCGCACCGACCCCAACCUUCAGGUGUCGUCCUUCUGCGCGGAGGCCUUGGUGGUCUGCAACGCCCUGCUCCACCCACGGGUGCCGUCCUUGCAGGUGCCCCUCUCCGGGCCCUCGGGGGCCCCGCCGGGCUCCUCCUCGGAGAUCUCGCCGGCCGCCGCCUCCCCCUUCCGCCCGGCCCCCCGGCUCCCGCCCCCGGCCUCCCCUUCCGCCCCCCCCUUGGUGCCCCCCUCUGGCAGCGCCCUGGGCCUGCCUUUGCCCAGCCUGGCUUUGGCCCAGCUGCCCCCCCGCUUGACCCCCGAGGAGCCUGCUCUACCCCCGUCUCCCGGCACAGCCGAGGCCGCCGCGCUGGCCGCCGGCGCCAAGCUCCGGCGCUCCGUUUUCGUCCACUAUGACAAGGAGGAAGAGGAGGACGUGGAGAUUUCCUUGGAGAGUGACUCCGACGACAGCGUGGUCAUCGUGCCCAAGGGGCAGCUGGGGAAGGGCGCCCACAGCGCCGGCCCAGCGGCGGGGACAGCUGUGGCGGUGGCCCCCAUGCCCCCGCCCCCCCUGCCGCCCCCGCCCGCCUCCCCUCCGCCUGCCUCCGAGGAGGCCCCGGUGGAGCCUGUGGCUCCGCUGCCUCUCCCCAUGGCGGCUCCCGCCCCUCCCCCCGCCACCACCUCGCUCCCCCCUUCCCCGCCUCCCGUGGCGAGUGAUGCUCCGCUCCCCCCCGCCCUUGUGGAGGAGGACCCCACCGUCAUCAACAUCAACAGCAGCGAGGAGGACGAGGAUGAUGAGGACGAUGAGGAAGGCUUCCCUGAGGACGAGGAGUACUUUGACGAGGAAGAAGAGGAGGAAGAAGAGUUUGAUGACGAGGAGGGAGAAUUCGAAGAGGAACUGGAUGAGGAAGAAUUGGACGAGGAGGAGAUGGAAGAGAUGGAAGAGGAAGACGAAUUUGAUGAAGAGGGGAUGACAGAGGAGGAGGAAGAGGAGGAGGAGGAGGAGGAGGAGGACGAAGGCCUGACGGAGGACGAGGACGAGGAGGAGGGGCUGCUGCCCGCUUUGCCCCACAGGAACGAUGAGGAGCCCCCGGAGCUGUUGCCGGUGAAAGAUGAGGUCCCCAAACUGGGGGGAGAGGAGGAGGAGGAGGAGGAGGAAGAUGAGGGGGCAGGGCUCCUCAUGGAGGUGGAUGAGGAAGCCUUCCACCCUCCUGCGGAAGGCCAGGAGGAGGAGGAGGAGGAGGAGGAGGAGCAUGAGGCGGGCAGGACCGUGGGGGCCGAAGAGCCUUCCUUGCCUGCUGCGGAAGAGCUGCUGCCCCCACCCACGGCCACGGACCCCAGGCAGGAGGAGGCCUCCCCUCUGCCUGCCGCCACCACCAUAGCCUCCUCCGUGGAGCAGGAGGAGAAUCCCGCUGAGGAGCGGGAGGGGUCUCUGGCCCUCGCAGGAGGAGCCCCCUUUACCGCCACUCCUCAGGAGGAAGAGGAGGAGGAGGCUGCAACGGUAGAUGAGACAGAGGCCAUGUUGGCUGACUUCGUGGACUGCCCACCGGACGAGGAGAAGCCCCUGCCUGACCCUUGUUCCUGAGGGGGCUACACUUCGGGGGUGCAAGGGAGCUCCCUCCAGAAGAGCAGGGGGAGAAGAGGACUGUGCCCAACCCCAGAAGGGCCUCUCCCCACAUGCGCUCCGCCCCAGUCUGGACUUAAAAGCCCGUUCCUCCAUUUAUUUUGGGGGGGGGGUUAGGGGUUGUUGUUUUUUACACUAAUAAACAGGUUCAAUAAAUGUUUUCUCCUUUGGA